AUGUCCUGGCAGUUUAAGCUCGCAUCCAGCAUGCGGGCGUCUCCGUUGCGGGCAUGCGUGACCCGGCCGAAUGGACUCCUACUUCGCCCGACCGCGCGAAUUGCGGGGGGGCUCUCUGUCUCAGGUACAUUUGAACAUUCCAAACUAACAAUCACUUGGGUCGAAACAGCGCCCACCAUGACUCAAACCAAGCGUUCCAAUUCCAACAAGUGUCUCAAUGUCGACAACAUCAACCCUCACAUUCGUGCUGCCAAGUAUGCCGUGCGCGGUGAGCUGGCGGUGAAGGCUGAAGAGUACCGUCAGCGUCUGGUCGACGGUGACAAGGCCCUGCCUUUCGACAGCGUGAUCUUUGCCAACAUCGGAAACCCCCAGCAACUCGACCAGAAGCCCAUUACCUUCUUCCGCCAGGUCCUCAGUCUCGUCGAGAACCCGUUGUUGCUGGAGAACUCCGAUGCCCUCAAGACCUCCUUCGGAUAUAACCAGGAUGUGAUCGACCGGGCGAAGACCCUCUUGGCCAAUGUGCAGAGUGUGGGUGCUUACAGUCACAGUCAGGGUGCACCGGGCAUCCGAAACAGCGUUGCCAAGUUCAUUGAAGAGCGUGAUGGAUACCCCGCCAACCCCCAGGACCUCUUUCUGACUGCCGGUGCCUCUUCUGGUGUCAACACUUUGUUGAGUGUUAUCUGCAACAGCCCCAAGGCCGGUGUCUUGGUUCCCAUUCCCCAAUACCCUCUGUACACCGCUACCUUGGCUCUUCUGAACGCACAGUGCGUCCCAUACUACUUGGAGGAGCAGAAGGCAUGGGGUACCGACAUCAACGCCAUGUACCAGUCCAUCAAGGAUGCCAAGGCCGCCGGUACCGACCUCCGCGCCGUCGUUGUGAUCAACCCCGGCAACCCCACCGGAGCCUCCCUCAGCGCCGACGAUAUCAAGCAGGUCAUCGAUGUCGCCGCCGAGGAGCACCUCGUCGUUAUUGCCGACGAAGUCUACCAGACCAACGUCUUCGAAGGCGAAUUCGUCUCCUUUAAGAAGCGUCUCCGCCAGCUGCAGCAGGAGCACCCUGGAAAGUACGAUGACGUGGAACUGGUUUCCAUGCACAGUACCUCCAAGGGCAUGGUCGGUGAGUGCGGCCACCGCGGCGGCUACUUCGAGCUCGUCGGAUUCGAUCCCCUGGUGCAGGAGCAGAUCUACAAGCUCGUCAGCAUCGGACUGUGCCCGCCGGUCGUUGCCCAGUGCCUGCUCGAGACCAUGGUCAACCCUCCCCGCGAGGGCGAGCCCAGCCACGAGCUCUACCAGAAGGAGUACAACGGUAUCCGUGAUGGUCUGCGCAAGCGCGCCUUUGCCCUGUACGAUGCCUUCCAGCGCAUGGAGGGCGUUGAGUGCCAGGAGCCCCAAGGCUCCAUGUACCUUUUCCCCACCAUCAAGUUGCCCAACGGAGCCAUUGAGGCCGCCAAGGCCGAGGGUCGCGCCGCCGACGAGUUCUACUGCCUGCGCCUCCUCGAGGCGACCGGUGUCUGCGUCGUCCCGGGCUCAGGCUUCGGUCAGAAGGAGAAUACCCUUCACUUCCGUACUACCUUCUUGGCCCCCGGUACGGACUGGGUUGAGCGCAUCGUGAAGUUCCACGCCGACUUUAUGCAGAAGUAUCGAUGA